AAGUGAAAGACCGUCGUGUAAGAUAUCGACGCAGGCGCUCAUAGUUGAUUUUAGUGUUUUACGACUCGUGGUCAGUGGCACUAGUUCACAUCCAUUAGAUCUUGUGAAACAAGGGAAUAUGAAUAAUGUAUUAGUAGUGAAAUAAAAACGAUGGAAAAAAUUAUAGUCGUUGUUCAAACAGUUCAGUAGAAUCUAAUUUACUAACGACCUUCGAAUAUGAUUCGCUCAUUUGUGCUCCAAUACACGUGUGAAGACUACACCUCAUUCAAAAUUUCGAAUUGUGAGAAAUAUCACGAGGAACAGAAUAUCUUCCCACGGUUGACCAUAUGCUCCGGUUUCUUUUUAAGCUAAGAGAUAAUUCAUAAAAGAAAACGAAAAAAAAACGUUUUUAGACCAAGAAUAGACCCACAUAGUCAAAAUUUACCUCUGACCCUUCAAUAAUCGAGGCCGAAAAACGGAGACCGUUCUCAGUACUGCUUCGGUGGAGACCCGCCCGCAGCUAGGCCUAACUCUCGUUCGUUGUGGCUUCCCGGGUUUGCAAUCAUCACAGAAGAUGCCACACAAAGAUUUUGACCCGUGUCGUCCCGGCCCACUUCUCCAGUCGUCUGUCUCAGAUCCAGGACACAGCGGUAUCAACCAGUUGGGAGGUAUCUACGUGAACGGACGGCCGCUACCUGACUCCACACGACAGAAGAUCGUAGAACUGGCCCACAGUGGUGCUAGGCCCUGCGACAUCUCCAGGAUUCUUCAGGUGUCUAACGGUUGCGUCUCCAAGAUCCUCGGCCGAUACUACGAGACCGGGUCCAUCCGGCCCCGGGCCAUCGGGGGAAGUAAACCCCGUGUGGCAACCCCGCCUGUUGUGAACAAAAUCGCCCAGUACAAACGAGAGUGUCCUUCUAUCUUUGCUUGGGAGAUUCGGGAUAGGCUAUUAUCUGAUGGGAUCUGUAAUAACGACAACGUUCCAAGUGUAUCAUCAAUUAAUCGAGUUUUACGAAACCUGGCGGCUCAAAAAGAACAACAAGUGCAUGCACAAGCACAAGAUGCUGUUUAUGAUAAACUACGCAUACUCAAUGGACAGGGAUGGCCUCGCCCGAACCCCUGGUAUCCUGGUAGUGCAACAUUUGGUGGAAUAACCUCUGCUUGCGUCCCUCCUCCGGUCACUGCGCCAAGUCUCCCUACUGAAAAUGGCCAAAUCCAGAAAAAAGAGGGCGACAGUGGAACCGAGAGUUCCAGCCGAAGUGACCCUGGCGGAAGCGGGGAUGAGGAUAACGCAGCACGGCUCCGGUUAAAAAGAAAGCUACAGAGAAAUCGAACCUCAUUCACCCCAGAGCAGAUUGAAGCUUUAGAAAAAGAGUUUGAAAGAACUCAUUAUCCAGAUGUAUUUGCCCGUGAACGGUUAGCAGCAAAGAUAGAUUUGCCAGAAGCUAGGAUACAGGCUGUUUCUGUCCAGGUCUGGUUCUCCAAUCGUAGAGCGAAGUGGCGGCGAGAGGAAAAACUACGGAACCAAAGACGAGCUGCCGAACAAGCUGCAGCAGCAGCCGCCAACACAGCACCAGCUCGUCUACCCCUCAACGCCGGCUUUCCGAAUGCCCUAUACCCGAGUAUCGGACAGCCAAUGGCUAGUAUGACAGAUACUUACAGUUCCAUUCCGCCGAUGUCCACUUACUCUAUGUCCAACAACAUGGGUCCUAGUUCUUGUCUUCAACAGCAAGCGCCAUCUUAUUCCUGCAUGCUACCACCAGGGAGUGCUAGAAGCUACGAUCCCCUGUCACUUGGAAGUUAUAGCAGACCAUCAUGUCCUACCGCACAGCCAUAUGUCAUGCAGCCUGUAAAUGGCCAAUUUCAUACAGUUAACAACGCCAGUGCUGGAUCUACAGGUCUGAUAUCGCCAGGACUCUCUGUCCCAGUGCAAGUCCCAGCCCAGACUGGUGAACUAAAUAUGUCCUCUGCCUAUUGGCCAAGAAUUCAGUGACAUUGGGAGCGUCAGAAGCACGUAUAGACAGGAAAACGAAAACUAGCUUUUGACGCCCUUAACGUAUUUAACCAUAAAAAAAAGAGUCUUUAUUAACUGUUGGUGAAUAUAAAUAUACAGUUUUAUUAAAACCUGAAAGAAAACACAAAAUUAACACCAUGAACAGACUAUUCUUCUGAGGAAGCUGUGAAGCUCUAGGGUUUCAUCCUUUUAUAUUACUGUUAUCAACAUCUGUAGUUCUAACAAAAACUAUCUUAAUGUAAUGUUAUCGAAAAGCACUUGGUCAUUCGGUUUACUACCAAGAAAUAUCACGUAAUGAUAAAUCUCGUGCACAUCAAAUUUAGUCUAAACUUUAUACAUUACAGAAGUCUUUAGCCAUUGAAAAUGUGAAUAUCUGACAUUUCCCCUGACUUUUAUCUAGUCUUCCGGUUUAUUAGUUAUUACAAUUGCAUGUUUGUACUAUAGCUCUUUUUGUGCUACAGUUUGUAUAACUGAGUCUUUUUAAUGUGUAUUUGUUACAAGGUGUGGAAGAUUUGAUUGGUGUAAAUUUUGUCCAUAAAAUGUUACUUUUGAAAAUGGAGAAAUAUGCAACAUUUUUUUUCUUUCCAUACAAAUCACUGUCUUUUAACAAAUAUUGUAUAACUAAUAUUAGAAAUUUCAUGAACAAGCCUUACAAUAUUUAAGAUACGAUACUUUUUUUUUUAGAUUUGAAACGGUUAUGUUUAAGUACAGACUGAUUUUGAGAUCAUUUUCUGACGACGUUUAUACAGAUAUUUUACACAGAUGCCUCCAAAACUUUUAAUACUGGUUUUCAUCCUUGCUAUUCAAAAAACAAACAAAACAGACAAUAAUUUCCAAUAAGAAAUAGAUAAUUUAAACUUACUGUUUCAAUAAUAUUGGCGUUGUUGAACCGUCGCCAUUUAAACUCUCUCUUAUGUUAUAAAGAUGAUUAGAUUAAUCCGUAAAGUUUAUUGAAAUCGUGUGUUCGUUGUUGUUGGUAAAGCUGCUUUGCCUCUUCUGUACUUGAUAUUUUACGCUGGAUCGUAUUUAUUCACUGUUUUCUAUAUGUUUUUUACUUCAAGUAGUUAAGCUGAAACAUUCCUGUUAAUAGAAGUCAAAUCAUAUUAACAUAACGACAUUCAAACACCUCUCGUGACAAUUGAAGCACUAAUGUCCGAUCGUCUCUUUAAAAUAAAUAUUUUGUUUAGAUAAGACCUUAGAUUCUUCCUCAGUUAUCCUUAUAAAAAGAUAACCUUGAAAUUUUCCCCCUGAUUUAAAAAAAAGAGAGAAAAAAAGAGAAAUCGUGAGAAUAAUUUGGGUAACAAACGGGUAAGCACUAAAGAUGUGCUGGGUAGAAUACUCUCUUUCAGUUGAGAGGUGUGUUUCCUUUGUUCAUUUUUUACCCAUAGUACUCUCUUUCAGUUGAGGAGGAUGUUCUUUUGUGCAUUUUUUACCUGCUGCACUCUCUUUCAGUUGAGGGGGGGGUUUCUUUGUUCAUUUCUUACCCGCAGUACUCUCUUUCAGUUGAAGGGGUGUCUCCUUUGUUCCUUUCUUACCUGUAGUACCAUCUUUUAGUUGAGGGGUUUCUUUGUGCAUUUUUUACUUGCUGCACUCUCUUUCAGUUGAGGAGGAUGUUCUUUUGUGCAUUUUUUACCUGCUGCACUCUCUUUUAGUUGAGGGGGGUUUCUUUGUUCAUUUCUUACCCAUAGUACUCUCUUUCAGUUGAAGGGGUGUUCCCUUUGUUCAAUUCUUAUCCGCAGUACUCUCUUUCAGUUGAGGAGAGGAGGAUGUUCCCUUUGUGCAUUUCUUACCCGUAGUACUCUCUUUCAGCUGAGGGGACGUUCUCUUUGUGCAUUUCUUAUCUGCUGCACUCUCUUCAGUAGAGGAGUAUUCACUUUGUGUAUUACUUUCUCGUAGUACUCCCUUUCAGUUGAGUGGUGUUCAAUUUGUGCACUUCUUGCCCAUGGAAGGUAUAUGUUAUCGUAACAUUUCCUUUAGUACCAGAAAUAUCCUUCAAGUAAUACUUUAAACGACCGAGAAGGCUGGUUAAUAUGAUGAUCUAACACUUGUACAAGUUUGUCUCGGGUAAGGAGUUUUUCAGAGUAAGUAACUUAAGCAUGUUUUAUUCUAAUUACUUGACAUCAGCAAGAUGACAAUCAUUUUCUGAGUCUACGACCUUAGUAUAGUUUAAUGACUACAGAAGAUACCUACCUAUCUUCUCUCAUUGAUAGAUUUAAAAGUUUAAUGUAUAUACUUAUAAUUAUUCCUUCACAGGUAUAUAUAGAAAACUAAUGUUAAUGAAAAUAAGAACUAGCUUAGGCUGACUCCACGGAUGCUAUCAACUUAAUACUAGGUAUAUUUUUUAAUAAAAAUGAUAUUGUAGUCUGAAGAAAGAUUAACACCCCGUAAUAAAAAAAAAGUGCACUAGAACACCCAAAUAUAUUCUAAGGCAUUUCUAAUAUCGUUAUCAGCACAUUCACAUUUUAAAAUCGAAAGAAAACCAAAUUAAACCCAAUAAAUUAACUAUUGUAAAUACAGCAAAGCACGAUUUUCAGAUCUCAACCAAAACUAAAGAAUAGAAAGAUUUACAGCCGUCACUUCUGUUGUAGGAAUAUCGAUGUGUUAAAUGUGAUGCUACAUAUAUGAACAUGAUUUUUCAGAGCUUAACUACAUUGAAAAAGGAGCAUGGAUUUGACUAGUCAGAAAAUACAAUCCGGUUUAAAAAAAAAACGUAACUCUAUCAACAACAACAACAAAUUAUGAAUGUCAAUGGUAAUGACUGAAGGAUUUAAGAAAUUAGAGAAACUAUUCGUGUCCAACACAACAAUAAACACAUUUCAAUAAAACUAUUCUAACGAAACUAUUAAUUAUUAACUAAAUAACAAAAUGAUAAUAUUUUAUUAUUCUUACAGGAAUCUAUUUACGACUCUUAAGACAACAUUUUAAAUAUCAAAGAUCGUGAAGACAUAUGUGAAUCUGUAAAACUUCGAAACAUUCUGUAGAAAAGAAUGUUUAUAUAUAACUGGAUUCGAAUCCACAUUAUCUUUUGUUAACACUCGUUGUACCAACUUUUUCAUUCUUGUUAAUUUAUCAUUUUAAUCGUUUAAAGUUUUGUAUACGAAAACGAGAACUGAUUUAAUAACUUCAAACUUCUAAGAGCUAAUUAAAUUUUGACGUAUUCACUUGCACUUAUGUGGUUCUAUAAUAGCAAGGGAAUAAGAAUGAUAUGCAUUUAUCAUGGUUUAGCAAAGAAAAAAAAACGUUCCUUAAGAAGACAAAGUGGAAAAUGUAAAAUCACGUGGAUAUGGAAAAUUAUGCUGAAAAACAUUCCUGGAAAUAAAUUAUUAUUAAUUCCAUUAAAAAUUUCCUUUGUCUUUUCACACGGAAUUUUGUUGUUGUUAGUAUAGAGAUCUAUCAUAAAGUUCUUUUAUUUCAAGAUCAGGUAAUUUAAAUAUGCG